GUGCUUGAAUCAAUUUUUAUUAUUCUUUUAAUGACAGAAAAGUUAGGUCCACCCUUCCAAAUUUAUCCAAGGCAGGCCAUUAUAUUAUAUACAAAUAUCUUUUCAUGGUCUGUUUCCAGAGCUGAUAGAGGGUGACAUUUGCGAUGCAGUAGCUCGUGCACACAACAGAAAAAAAAACAGCAAGAACAGGACAAUCAUAAUAUUUUUUUCUGGCAGUCAAAGGUGCAUACCUUAGUUUAAACACGACAGGUUCAGGAAUUAUUGACACAGAUCAGCGCAUCGAUAUUCUUAUAAGAUAAAAUUAACAUGGGUGUCUUGGUCCAGGAAGAUUGUGAUUGGCUAGUUUCAUGCUGAAUUCAUGAGUUCUUGUUAGUUAAAAAAUCUUGAAAAACCUCUUGUGGUAUAUUAAAUCACAAACAUCUUGUGCUGGGUUGUCAUGCUUAUUGCAUUCCUUCAUUGUUGUGCCAAAGAAAGAUUUUUUUUUAUUCCAAUACUUACCCUCCAUGACUUGAUGCUUCUCUUCUCUGAAGCUUUGGGGGGCAUUUAAUUAUUUCCUUGCUUUCCCUUUUGGCUUCAGAGGCAGGAUAACAUUUAUUUGUAAUAAUGAGUUUGCCUGUUGCUGAUUCAUUGUGGUUUGUUGUUAUCUUCGGUUGCAAGGGCUUGCAUUUCUCAAGGCUUGCUUGCCAGAGAGAGGAUACGGAAAGACGUUGAACUUUUAGCCUUGUAGGCAUUGAAAGAAAUGACUCUUUAUAGAGAGAUGUAACUGACUAAUUACUUUGGAGACAGAUCUAAUGCCCUUUUUUAGGGAGCAUUGCAUGCACAGAACAAUGUGUUUUUGCUGAAGCAUACCACCAGCACUAGUUGAAAUUUUCUACUUUACAUUGGGUAUUGUUUGACAGCGGCCUCAGUUUGCUUGCAUUUGGCCUCAUUUUCCUUUUCUACCAUGACUGGAUUUAUAGUUUAUAAAGGGGAAUGAUGAUAUGUGCUCUAUCUCUGAAAUUUAUCGCGUGGAAGAAGCAUCAAGCACAAGUCGACCGAGCAUCUAGUUACUAGUCCUUCAAUCAUUUCUGCACCAAUUUUUCUUUCUUCUAGCAUCAUUUCAAAUUAUCCAGGACUUCUUAAGGAGGCAGAUUGCGCAACUGCAAAAACACUCAAUUCCUAAGAGGAUUAGACAUGGAGUAUGUUGAUGAAAGACAAGCCGGUGAAUCCACGUGUGGGUGUUCAACCAUGGCCAGUAAGCCUCAUUACAAGUCUUUCAAAUUCAUCGACAACUCUCGGGAGUUAAGAGGAUUGGAAGGGGAUAAGGGUACUGCUUUAGAACUACAUAGACAGAAGGGAGAGGCAGUGGCCAGAAACCAACCAGGAGUAGAUGCCUUUAUGGCUUGGGUGAAUCCUGUACAUGGAACAGAAUAUCCAACCAGCCUCAGUGAAUUGGAAGAAAGUAGAGGAAGAAGGAAGAUUUAUAUUAAAAGCAAUGUGAUGGAUUCUGACAUGCCAGAGAUGGUUGCCUUUUUUCAAGACAGCAAUUAUCAUUUUGUGAAGGACAUUUUCAUGGAUGGAGAAGUUUACUGCAAGGAUAUCUGUUCCGUUGAAAAUUGCCAAUUAGACCACAAUAGUAUCUCUUCCAUACUUAACUUUAAUGUAGAAAGUUGCAGUGCAUCAACCGUUGGAACUCAGGAUUCAGUUCCAUCCAUUUCAAAUGACUCCGAAUAUGUGGAAGAUGUUGACUGCCAUAAUCUUUUGAUCAAUCAACAUGGUUCCAGAAUGUCGAUGAAAGAUUUUGAUGGACAAGAAUAUGUUUUGGUAGAAAAGAACGUACAUGGAUCUCAUAUGGUUAAAAAGGUUCCAAGUAAGGAAGCAAUACUGUCAAGCUCCAUUGUAUUAUACACAACUGAAGAAGUUUAUUAUGACUGCCCUACGAGUGCAGCCACUUUCAGAAAUGAGGUGGACGACACAAUAAGCAAAACAGAGGCAGAUUUUGAACAGGUCGUUGAAACUGAAAGUAUGUCCAAACCCGAAGAUGGGAUGUCAGGAACCUUAACAAGUUCAAGUCGAAGUUUGGGUGAUGAGAAUGUUCAAGGAGAGUCGAGUUUCUUUGCAGUUGAUCCCCCUCCAGGCCUGACCUACUCAGAAGGUCCUAUAUAUUGUGGAAGUGUCAGCUCGCAUUCGUUUGCUUUUCCCAUAUUGCCCUCAGAAUGGGACGGCAGUCCUGAAAGAAUGGCAAGCACUGACAAAGUACAAUUUCGAAGGCAUCAGCGUAGGAGAAUGCGUUUUCUUUGCUGCAAAUUCUGAGUGACAUAAAUUUCACUGUUCUGUUAUUUUGCUGUUAUUGUAUAUUUCAUGAUGUGCUUCCUUGAUUUACAGAAUCCAUGAUGUAGACAUUAAUGACUUACACCAUCACGAUACCAGUAAUUAUUUUUCCGUGGAGCAGAUAUAAACUGUUUUGUCAGCA